ACAAAGUUCAGUUCAACGUUUAAAAUCAUUUUUAAUACUGGUUGUCAUCUUUAUGUAUUUUAUAGUUUAAUUAUUAUUCAACAUUAUCUAAACAGUAUAAUCAGCAACAGCAAGUUACUGUCGCAGUCUGAUUACUCUGAUUGUCUGAUACUGAUAAUUAAAUUCAGUGAGAUGUCUUGUUGAAUGGUGAAAUAAAGUUCAAAAAUCUCACUGCGCGGACAGAGAACAUUGCAUUAAGUACACGGGCAAAACCUCAAAUAAUUUCAAAAUCAAUAAUUAGAAUUAGUAUAGAAAAAACAUUUAUUUCCGAGUUAAAAAUAGAAAAUAAACAUGACUAACUCAGAAUUGCGUAAAAGAAAGAAUAAACAACACAAUGAUAGGCCAAAGAAAGGGCCAUCAAAGAAGAAGAAAGAAGCUGGUAUAUCUAUGCAUGUAUCACUGUUGUGUUUAAUUUUAAGUGGAACUAUUUUUACAGUAUUUAUAAUUUUAUACACUGAUCAAUUACCAUGGUUUAUGGCACAUAGAGCUGUUGAUAGCUUUGCGAAGAAAUUUUUAGGUAGUCACAAGCCCGUUUAUGCAGUGGUCAUGGAUGCUGGGAGCACAGGGUCUAGGGUUUUAGCAUAUUCAUUUCACGAAUCCUAUUUUGGAAAUCAUUUAAUAUUAGAUAAGGAACUAUUUGAAUAUACAAAACCGGGGCUGUCUUCAUUUGCUAAAGAACCCAAAAAUGGUGCUCAAACUAUAGCCAAACUUUUAGAGCACGCCAAACAGGAGAUUCCUGACGAGUAUUGGUCCAAAACGCCCCUAGUCUUAAAAGCAACGGCAGGAUUGAGGAUGCUGCCUCUCCAUCAAGCAGAAAAGUUACUGGAAUCGGUGAAAGAUGUGUUCAAAACGAUGCCAUUUUUGACAAAUGAAAAUGCUGUAGAAAUUAUGGACGGUACUGAUGAAGGAGUGUUUUCGUGGUUUACUGUCAACUUUUUAUUGGAAAGGUUAAGUGGAGAUCCAGCCAAUAGCGUCGCGGCCUUAGACUUGGGUGGCGGUUCAACUCAAGUUACCUUUGCAGCGAUGACUCCAGCAAGUCUUAAAGAAAGCGACUAUAUUCAGCAGGUGGCGUCACCAAGGGGUUCGAUUCCAGUCUAUACAAACAGUUUUGCUGGCUUAGGACUUAUGGCAGCCAGACAUGCCAUGAUUACGAUAAAUCAACCAGAUACUAUGAAUGUGACCAGCGAAUGUGUAAAUCCUAUAAUAAAGAAGAAAAAAUUCCUUUAUCACGGUAAGAAAUAUUUCGUUUCCGGUCUACAAGAGAACUAUCCUACUUCAAAAGUCAGGGGUACCAAUACUCAAAUCGGUGAAACAGUUCCUAUUGUUAGUUUUCAGGAUUGUUCAAAGCUAAUUACGGAGUAUGUUAAGAGCAAAGCUAGCCCUCCACACGAAUUGCCUCUAAAAACUAUUUUUGCAUUUAGUUACUACUUUGAUAGAGCCACAGAAGCCGGACUGAUAGAUGAAGCAACUGGUGGCAAUAUACUAAUAAAAGAUUUCAAAGGAGCAGCUGAAAAAGCUUGUCAUGAGGCCAAUGCAGAACAACCGUUUAUGUGCCUCGAUCUAACGUUUAUCUGGUCACUUCUGGAGCACGGAUUUGGUUUAAAACCCGAAACUAAAAUAUUUUUGCACAAAAAGAUCAACGGACACGAAAUAUCAUGGGCACUAGGUGCUGCUUACGAAGUUCUUAGAGGAAAACAAACAGUCCGAUAGAAGGAAAUGGUGUAGAGUUAACGUACAACGAUUAAUAGCACUGUAUAUUUAGUAUCAAUUUUUUAUAAGAUCAAGAACUUUUUCAAUUACGAAACAACAUAAUAAAAACGGUUAGGUUGAGUGUUA